UAUGGUGUCCUUUGUAAUUUAAAUUGUAUUGCUCAAGAAUUAUUAGAUAGUUCGUGGUUACUUCAACAAUCACUAUCCCAAAUCAGUAGAUAGGUUAGCAAUAUCCAAUAACAUAAUUAGAAUUAACGGAACAUCUUUUGCAAUUUCCAAUUUUUUUUUAUUUUAUUCUUCGUAAGAUCUACUGGUUUACUAUCAGCCUUAAAUUACAAUUAUUACGCGUCUUCUAAUUAUUAAUUAAUAAUUAAAUUCAUUUACCUGUAUUAAUUAUUGAAUUAAGUUUGAAACUCUUUUAAUAAAUAAAACCCAAGAGUUUCUUUACACUGAUUACCACAUGAUAUUAUUUUCAAGAAUAUCUGAAUUCUGAAAACCAUUUAAAUAUUUUCAAGUUUGGAGAGAAAUGGAAUUAUUGAACGAGGAACAAAUUAGAAAACUUGAAGAAAUCAAAAACUCGUAUAAUGAAGAAUUGAAACAACUUAAAAUGGAACUAAAUAAGGUAACUGAUGAAUACGAAAAACAUAAAGAAGAAAUUAAGGAUGCUAAAAGAAAAAUAUUUCAGAAUAAAAACGAAACUUUUAUGACGAAGGUAAAAUAUUCCAAGAAGAUUGAAGAGCAGAGAGAUGAAAAAAGUAAAUUAAAAAAAGAAGAAAAUCUCAUUAUCAAUAAAUUGAAAACAAGGAUUCCUCGUUUGGAAUUUUGCACAAAUAAUAUGAGCAGUCGUGCAAUGUCACUUCGCUCGAAAAUGAAAGAAAUUAACGAGGAAAAAAUUCAAGAGCAAAGCAAAAUGCAAUCUCUUAAAACCACAUUGGAUGAAUAUUUAACAGAUUUAGAUAAAUUAAUUAAAAAUAAAUUGACUUAUAAACCGGAAUUUUACCAUGGCUGGAUUAACCAUAGAGCAAAAUAAGCACGUG